AUGCUGCUGGUGACCACCAACCCGUACGACUACAUGUUCUGCUCUCAGGGUGUGACCACAGUGGCCGGGAUCAAUGACGGAGAGGAGCUGAAGCUCACCGAUCACGCCAUGGACACGCUGGGCUUCACUCCAGAGGAGAAGUACGGCUGCUACAAGAUUGUCGGAGCCAUCAUGCACUUUGGUAACAUGAAGUUCAAGAAGAGGCAGAGAGAGGAGCAGGCCGAGGCCGACGGCACAGAGAGUGUGGAUAAGGCGGCCUAUCUGAUGGGCAUCAGCUCUGCCGACCUGCUGAAAGGCCUCCUGAACCCCCGCGUCAAAGUCGGCCACGAGUUCAUCGUUAAAGGACAGACUGUCGAACAGGUGAACUUCGCUGUGGCGGCUCUGGCCAAAGCCACCUACGACCGAAUGUUUAAGUGGUUGGUGAGCCACAUCAACUCGUCCUUAUACACCGCUUUGCCCCGACAGUACUUCAUCGGGGUCCUCGACAUCGCCGGCUUCGAGAUCUUUGAGUUCAAUAACUUUGAGCAGCUGUGUAUCAACUUCACCAACGAGAAGCUGCAGCAGUUCUUCAACCAUCACAUGUUCAUCCUGGAGCAGGAGGAGUACAAGACCGAGGGCAUCGAGUGGACCUUCAUAGACUUUGGCCUGGACCUGCAGGCCUGCAUCGACCUCAUCGAGAAGCCCAUGGGUAUUCUGUCCAUCAUGGAGGAGGAGUGUAUGUUCCCCAAGGCCACAGACAACAGCUUUAAAACCAAACUCUACGACAACCACUUCGGGAAGUCGCCCAACUUCCAGCGGCCACGGCUGGACAAGAAGCGCAAAUAUGAGACACACUUUGAGUUGGUUCAUUACGCCGGUGUGGUGCCGUACAACAUCACAGGCUGGUUGGAUAAGAACAGAGAUCCUCUGAACGAGACGGUGGUGGCUCUGUUCCAGAAAUCCUCCAACAAACUCAUGGCUGGACUGUUUGAAAACUACGUCAGCUCUGAGAUGGCCUGUGAUCCGAAGGCUGAAGGCAAACACAGGAAGAGGAAAGCAGCUUCCUUCCAGACAGUGUCACAGCUACAUAAGGAGAAUCUAAAGAAGCUGAUGGCGAACCUCCGCAGCACUCAGCCUCACUUUGUCCGCUGCAUCAUCCCCAAUGACAACAAGAGUCCAGGUGUGAUCGAUCCCUUCAUGGUCCUGCACCAGCUGAGGUGUAAUGGAGUCCUCGAGGGGAUCAGGAUCUGCAGGAAGGGCUUUCCAAACCGGAUCCUGUACGCCGAGUUCAAACAACGUUAUCGCAUCUUGAAUCCUUCUGCGAUUCCAGAGGACUCGUUUGUGGACAGCAGGAAGGGCGUGGAGAAACUGCUGGGCUCUCUGGACAUCGACCACAACCAGUACAAGUUUGGACACACCAAGGUGUUCUUUAAGGCGGGUCUGUUGGGUCAGCUGGAGGACAUGAGGGACAUCCGUCUGUCUCAGCUCCUCACCAUCGUUCAGGCCAUGGCCAGAGGGAAGUUGAUGAGGGUGCAGCGCGAAAAGAUGAUGGUGCAAAGGGAUGCCAUAAUGGUGAUCCAGUUCAACCUCAGAGCGUACUUCAGUGUGAGGACUUGGCCGUGGAUGAUGUUGUUCUAUAAGCUCCGCCCCCUGCUGCGGAGCGCCCAGAUAGAGAAGGAACUGGCUGCUCUCAAUGAGGAGUUCAAAAAGUUGAAGGAGGCCUUCGACAGGUCGGAGGUAAAGCGUCGGGAGGCGGAGGAGCGUCAGGUGGAUUUAGUUCAGGAGAAAAAUGACCUGGCUCUGCAGCUCCAGGCUGAGCAGGAGAACUUGACGGAUGCAGAGGAUCGCUGCAACCAGCUGAUCCAGUCUAAGAUCUCUCUGGAGUCGAAGCUGAAGGAGACGCAGGAACGUCUGGAGGACGAGGAGGAGGUGACCGCCAAGCUGACGACCAAGAAACGUCAGCUGGAGGAGGAAGCGGUGUCGCUGAAGAAAGACAUGGACGACCUGGAGAUGACUCUGGCUAAGGUGGAGAAGGAGAGACACGGAAUGGAGAACAAGGUGAAGAACCUGUCCCAUGAGAUGUGUGUUCUGGAUGAAUCCAUAGCGUCUCUGAGCAGAGAGAAAGCGGCUUUGCAGGAAGCUCAUCAGCAGGCUCUGAACGACCUUCAGGCGCAGGAGGACAAGGUCAACAUGUUGGUCAAGGCCAAAGCUCGACUGGAGCAGCAGGUGGACAAUGUAGAAAGCUCCUUGGAGCAGGAGAAGAAGGCUCGGAUGGAAGUGGAACGAAUCAAACGGAAGCUGGAGGGGGAUCUGAAGCUGUCCAUGGACUCAGUGAGGGACAUGGAGAACCAGAAGACAGAGCUGGAGGACAGACUGAAGAAGAAAGACUUUGAGUCGAGUCAGCUUCAGUCCAAACUGGAGGACGAGCAGAGUUUGGUGUCUCAGCUUCAGAAGAAGAUUAAAGAGCUUCAGACUCGUAUCGAGGAGCUGGAGGAGGCGCUGGAGGCGGAGCGGGCGUGGCGCUCCAAAGCUGAACGUCAAAGGAACGACAUAAGCAGAGAGCUGGAGGAGCUGGGAGAGAAACUGGAGGAGGCGGGAGGAGCAUCUGCUGCUCAGAUAGCCCUCAACAGGAAAAGGGAGGCUGACUUUCUGAAGAUGCGACGGGAGCUAGAGGAGGCAGGGCUUCACCAUGAGGCGACGGCUGCCACUCUGAGGAAGAAACACUCGGACAUGGUGGCGGAGCUGAGCGAGCAGAUCGACGCUCUGCAGAGAGUCAAACAGAAACUGGAGAAGGAGAAGGUGGAGAUCAGGUUGGAGGCUGAUGACCUGGCUGCUAACGUGGAGCAACUGACCAGGAACAAGGUCAGACUCCUGAUUAAAUAUAAUUCUCAGGUUAUGAACAUGAGAUCUGACACUGAGAGUUCGACUGACCUGCUCUCAACUUCUUCUAUUGUUCCUCUAGUUGAGUACAGCCGUCGUCUGGAGGAACGAGACGCUAUGAUUGGUCAGCUGCAGCGCUCCAAGGUGGGGCUUUGCCAAAACUCUGAAGACCUGAAGAAGCAGCUGGAGGAGGAGACCAAGGCUCGUGUGGCGCUGGCUCACGCGGUGCAAGCGUCCCGUCAUGACUGCAGUCUGCUCAGAGAGCAGCUGGAGGAGGAGCAGGAGUUCAAGGCGGAGCUGCAGAGGGAGCUGUCCAAAGCCAAUGGACAGGUGGUUCAGUGGAGAGCCAAGUAUGAGACUGACGCUGUGCUGAGGAUCGAGGAGCUGGAGGACGCCAAAAAGAAGUUGGUCGUCAAACUUCAGACAGCCGAGGAGGCCGUGGAGACGUCUAACGCCAAAUGUUCCUCACUGGAGAAAACCAAACACAGUCUGCAGACGGAGAUAGAAGACCUGAUGGUUGAACUGGAACGAACCAACGCUGCUGCUCUGGCUCUGGACAAGAGGCAACGCAACUUCGACAAGUUGUUAAGUGACUGGAAGCUGAAGUUCGAGGAGAGUCAGACAGACCUGGAGGCGUCGCAGAGAGAGUCGCGCAGUCUGAGCACCGAACUCUUCAAACUGAAGAACAGCUAUGAAGAAGCUCUCGACCAUCUGGAGACAGUCAGACGAGAGAACAAGAACCUGCAGGAGGAGAUCCUGGACCUGGUAGAUCAGAUCAGUCAGGGAGGGAAGACCAUCUACGAGCUGGAGAGACUGAAGAAGAUCCUGGAUGUGGAGAAGAGUGACAUCAGAGCAGCUCUGGAGGAAGCCGAGGGGACUCUGGAGCACGAGGAGAGUAAGACCUUGAGAUUUCAGAUGGAGCUGCAGCAGAUAAGGACUGAGAUCGAGCGCAAGAUCGCAGAGAAAGAUGAAGAGAUCGACAACCUCAGGCGGAACCACCAGCGCUCCCUGGACACCAUGCAGGCCAGUUUGGAGGCGGAGGUUCGUAGUCGCAGCGAGGCCGUUCGUCUGAAGAAGAAGAUGGAGGCUGACCUGAACGAGAUGGAGCUGCAGCUGGGUCAUGCCAACAGACAGGCGGCCGAGAGCCAGAGGCUCAUCAGACACCUACAGACACAGGUCAAAGAGCAUCAGGUGGAACUGGAGGAUAAACUUAAUUUAGCCCAUCAGCUCAAAGAACAGAUCACCCUGUUGGAGCGACGUUGUACGUUGAUGACGGCCGAGGAGGAGGAGCUGCGUGAAGUCCUGGAACAAACCGACCGCGUCCGCAAGAUGGCUGAACAUGAGCUAGUGGAGGUCACAGAGAGAGUUAACCUGCUCUCCACACAGAACUCAGGUCUGAUGAACCAGAAGAAGAAGCUGGAGGCGGAUCUGUCGGUGCUGACAGGAGAGGUGGAUGACGCCAUGCAGGAGAGCCAUAGUGCUGAGGAGAAGGCCAAGAAGGCCAUCACUGAUGCGGCUGUUAUGGCAGAGGAACUGAAGAAGGAGCAGGACAGCAGCAGUAUGAUGGAGAGGAUGAAGAACAACAUGAUCUCAACAGUCAAAGAGCUGCAGAUCAAACUGGACGAGACGGAGCAGAUGGCGCUGAAGGGAGGAAAGAAACAGAUUCAUAAACUGGAGACAAGAGUGAGGGAGCUGCAGACGGAGCUGAUGAUGGAGCAGAAGAAGAGCGAGGAGUAUCAGAAAGGAGUCCGUCGCUACGAGAAGAGAGUCAAAGAGCUGACGUACCAGACAGAGGAGGACAGGAAGACUCUGCUGACGAUGCAGGAGCUCAUUGAAAAGCUUCAGACCAAAGUCAAGAGCUACAAGAGACAAGCAGAGAACGCU